UCCCAUGAGCCUCCAGCCCGCAGCAGAUUCUGUUACGUAAAUUUUAGGCGCCUGUCAAGCACACAGCUGACAGGCUGAUGGACGCAGUUAAACGAUAAAACUGAUACUUUUAAAGCUAUUCAGUUGCUGUGGUGGUGUUUAAUAUCAUUGAGCCUCUCAGUCUGAAAUGUGUCUGUUACUUAAUGCGGCUGGAACUUCGUUUUACACGUUAUUUAGUCGGUUAUCCUGCUGAUAAAGUAGUCCCUGUUGUUGCUGGAAAGCUAUCCUAGCUAGUUCAAAAUGACACUUCCAGCUUUGCAAACCGGUGUGUUUUACAGACGGAUUUUGUCACAGUUUCCACAGGAUAUCAGUUUAGCUUUUGCCUAUGGAUCUGGCGUUUUCAAACAACACGGGACCAGCCAAGGUCAAAUGGAUAAGAACAUGCUGGACUUUGUGUUUGCGGUGGACGACCCAGUGACGUGGCACACCAUGAAUCUGCUGCAGAAUCGCAAACACUACUCCAUCCUCAAGCUGCUGGGGCCCACGAUGAUCAGCUCCGUACAAAAUGAACACGGGGCUUCGGUAUACUACAACACGCUGGUGCCUGUGGAUGGGAGGAUAAUCAAAUAUGGUGUGAUUAGUACAGAGUCUCUGAUAGAUGACCUGAUGCACUGGAAGACCAUGUAUGUUGCUGGACGCCUUCACAAACCAGUGAAAAUGCUGGUGCAGAGUGAGAACGGAAAACUCCGUGCUGCUCUGGUGGCCAACCUGAAGAGUGCUGUGACAGCCUCCUUCCUCAUGCUGCCAGAGAGCUUCACUGAGGAAGACCUCUUCCUGCAGAUAGCCGGUCUUUCUUAUGCUGGGGAUUUUCGAAUGGUGAUUGGAGAAGAUAAAUCCAAGGUGGCCAAUAUCGUCAAAGACAACAUUCAGCACUUCCGUAUUCUGUAUAGUAACAUCCUACGGGACUGCCCUCAGGUGGUCUACAAACCUCAACAAGGAAAACUGGAGGUUGACAAAAGCCCAGAGGGCCAGUUUGUCCAGCUCAUGGCAUUGCCUCGGACACUGCAGCAAAGGAUCACAAAGCUGGUCGAUCCUCCAGGGAAAAACCGAGACGUGGAGGAGAUCCUGCUGCAGGUUGCUCAGGACCCAGACUGUGGAGCUGUCGUACAACAAGGUAUUUCAUCUAUUGUGAAAUCAUCCAGUAUAACACAGAGUGUCAAAGGCAUUGCUACAGCUGGCUUGUGGAAGACGGUGUCGUACAGCUCCAAGAAACUGAUAAAGAUGUGGAGGGGUUGGAGGAGGAAGCCGUCUGCCUCACAGAUGUCCUGAUCCUGUCCAUUUACUAGGAACCCGUCUUUGUCUAUAACUGUGAGCCACACAAUCGACGCCCAUCUUCUGAUUUUAAUCUGACAAACAGUGGCUGGAACAAUCACACACACUCACCUCUGGAUGUGUAUCACUGCAUAGCCUCUAUGAGUGGGAUCACCAGGUGUAAGUCAGUGUUUGAAUAGUGUAGAACUGUCUGUACAAAUGGCCUUUAUCAUGCAAUUCACAAGUUGUAGAAAAGAGGGUGACAUUUCACGAGCCUGACUGAAUUAUGGCUGACAUUUAAUGGUACUACAGACUGGACCUUUCUGGGUAACGGCUACAGUGACUGGCGAGGAACUGCUGAAUUGGCUAUGUCUGGAGCCACAGCACAAAAUCAGUGUGAGCACCGCAUGCAACGAGUACCGCGAGUAUAAUGAAGAAAAGACUUUGGUGUCAUCUUACAUCUUUUGAAUUAUAUUGAGUGUGCAUGUUCUGUGUGAAUGUUGCUACCUAGAUGAGAGAUGAUGGGCAGCUAAGAUGCUGAAAUAGUGCAGAUAUUGAGAAUUAUAUUUCUGUGGGUAAUUCUCGCCUUUGUGCUGAGAGAGGACUUUAUUGAACUCUCCUCAGAUGUGGACUGGUGUUACAUGCACACUUCUUAUCCCCCUCUCACACUGCCAAAGAUCUCAAAUCUUUCAUCUCUUUACUUAUCAUGUUUUAACAGUGUUUUUGAUGGUUGUACUAUAUUUAUGUCAGUAUUCAUAAAAUAGCAAACAGAAUACAACCUUUUUCUGCCGCCCUAAUGUUACGAGCCGGUUCGAUCUAUGCAUUGAUUGGUUCUUUACAAAUACUGACUGUAGUCUAAUUCACUUACAAGAAAUGGGUUUAAUAAACGUUUUAAUACAACGGCAUGUAUGAUUACUCUGUUUUCAGAAGCUGUUUUUUUUUUAACCUCACUUAAGUACACAAAAAAAAUCCUAAAUGAGUCCACAAUGUGAGGAAAUUAAGUUUAGCCACUACUGCUUUCUUUUGCCUCACUUUAUUUGGGCUGUUGUUUCUGUUGUUUUCAUUGUAGGUCUACAUAAUUAGGAUUACCUGUCUUUACCACUAGUGAUAAGUGAUGAUGAAAUGUAUGUAUUCAUAAUUUAUGACACCUCACUUUUUUUUACAAAAUAUUAUUACAGAAUGUGACUCAAAUUAUAAUCGUACAAUAAAUAUUAGAUUCUC